GCAACAUGGACCGCCUCGCCCUUCUCUCGGUCCUCCUCGCGGCCCUGGCCUUGGUGGCCCAGGGCCAGUAUGAGAGCUACCGGGAUUACCACGACUACUCGGACGAAGGGUGGGUCAACCUGAACCGGCAGGGCUUCAGCUUCCAGUGUCCGCAGGGCCAGGUGAUCGUGGCCGUGAGGAGCAUCUUCAACAAGAAGGAAGGCUCCGAUCGCCAGUGGAACUACGCCUGCAUGCCCACCCCUCACACCCUGGGAGAGCCAACCGAAUGCUGGUGGGAGGAGAUCAACCGGGCCGGGAUGGAGUGGUAUCAGACGUGCUCCAACAACGGGCUGGUGGCCGGGUUCCAGAGCCGCUACUUCGAGUCAGUGUUGGAUCGCGAGUGGCAGUUCUACUGCUGUCGUUAUAGUAGGAGGUGUCCAUACGCCUGUUGGCUGACCACGGAAUAUCCCGGCCACUACGGAGAGGAGAUGGACAUGAUCUCGUACAAUUACGAUUACUACAUUCGAGGAGCCACGACCACAUUCUCCGCUGUGGACAGGGAUCGCCAGUGGAAGUACAUCAUGUGCCGAAUGACCGACUACAACUGUGAAUUUGAAAACGUCUAGAGCAGCCGACCGGCCUGGGCCCGAAGGAGGGGGAGGUGGAGGGGACGGGCGAGGCGUGUCCAUCGCCCUCCAGCUUUCUGAGAAGAGACCCCCUGCUUCAUGCCCACCAGGGAGGAUUUCCUUCAAGUCCACUCCCAACUUUUCAGAUGCGCGUCCAUCAUAAAGAUACUUCAUUUGAUCAGCGGCGGCGAUGGCUUCCUCUCAUAUGUACCGUAUGCAUGAAAACUGCAUACUCCCAUGCAUGAAGAAAACCCUUGUUUCCUGCAGCACCCGGUGUGGGCUUGCCACGGCUUUGCAUGUAAACAUGGAUCGAUGAGCGGGGCCCGAGGACCAUGUUGAUUAGACUGCUUUUAUCUGAUUCCUCCCCAUCUAACCAAAGGCCAUCUCCUCAUCGAGUCGGUGAUGGGGUUGCCCGGACCCUUGGGUGGGGAAGUGUUUCCACUGGUUCCUGAGUUGAAGCAGGGCAUGCUGAGUAUUAAUGUCAGGGGUUAUGGAGUGGGGGAAGGUGGAAGGAUGAUAAAGAGGUUAGAAGAGUGAGACAAAUCUUGGAGGAGGGGCAGGAAAUGGAUUUUCUCUGGAAACAGAUUAGAAAAUCCCUGCCACUUGGAAGAAUCUGGGGCAUUUUAAUGGGGGAAUGUAGCCGUAUAGUGAUGUCUUGGUGGGUUUGGUUAGAAAGGGCUCAGUUUAGCAUUGUCUGGCCAAAGAGAGAUUGCUUAGGAAGAAAAUCACUUCCAUCACUCUAGACUGUAAGCUCCUUCUGGGCAGGGAACGUGUCUACCAACCCUGUUAUAUCAUACUCUC